CAUAGAUCAUGUCUAGUGGCAAUGCUAGCAGAACAGCUUUUCCAAUGCCUUCAGGCGCUCCCUAAUCGGGAAGCGGAGGCUGCUUUGCUGCAGUUUCGCGCUCAACCAGAAUCUUGGGAAACAUGCGUUAGCAUUCUAAGCAAUUCGCACUGCGGUUUCCCGGAAUCGCUGCAGUCCUUUGCCGCGCAAACACUCCAUGCAAGCGCCAGGCGUGUUGCACUGGCUACCUCAGCUACAUCUGACACACAGGACUACCAACAGUACGUCCAACACCUAAUAGACAAACAACAGGGUCUGCUCACAUCACUCAUACAGUUAGCGGGACAUGGCCAUUUGCGAGCACCGAGGGACACGCUGCUUUGCGCAGCCCUAGCAGCGCUCAGCGUGCGGAACCCUGAUAAGCUGCAGGAGCUGCUGUCAGCCGCGCUCGGCCGUCUACCUCAUGGCUUUGCGUUGCAGCUGCUACUUGACGUGGCGGAGGAGGGCGAGUCGCUGCUUGCGCGCUUGGGAGGCGAUGUGGAGUCCUCCGCGGCGCUACACCAGGUGCUUCGGGAGGAGCUCGGGCCGCACGUCACCGCCUGGCUAGCUGCCCGGGCGCACGACACCCUGCUUUCAGCACAGGGGCAGCAACCGCAUGGAGAAGCGCAUGGUCAAGGACCGCAAGCGGCGGGCGGGUGCGGAGGCAGCUCCGCCACUGCCGCCCCUGACCUGCGGCUGCGCCUGGUGCGGUGUUUUGCAGGCUGGGUGCGGCUGGGCUGCCUGUACGCCGCCAGCUGCCCAGCGGAUGCCGUACAGCAGUUGGUGGGGCUGCUGCUGCACUUGGCGCUACCCCGUCCGGUAGCGGUAGCAGCAACGGGGCAGUUGCAUGGGGCUGUGCAUGCAGCAGCCCCCAUCACCGCCCUGCAGCACGAGGCGUGCGAGGCGUUGGGGGCUGUGAUCGAGUACGGACCCGACUCGCUGUUGCGGGCGUUGUUGGAGCCUGUGUUGCAGUUGGCGGCAGCGGCGGCGGAGGCUGGCGGAGGUGGUGGCCGCGCCGUUGCCGACGCGGAUGCAGUGUACGACAUCGUACAGCUGGUGUCGUCGUACUCGUUAGCUCGGUUGGACGAGCUGGUGCGUGCAUGCGGGUGUGGUGCUGACGGCGGAGGCGGUUGUACGGCAGUUUCAACGCCGCCGCCGCUGACGGCGCUGGCGGAGGCACUUGUACGGCUAGCGGCGCUGACGACGCUGACGCCGACUGGCUACCCGGUCGGGGGUCCGGCGGUGACGGCGCUGGCGGACCUGGCGUUGGGUUGUAUCGCGGCGGCGGAUGCUGAGUCAGCAGCGGCGGCAGCGGGGGAGGAAGGUGGGGGUAGCGGCGAGGCGAGUCGAGAAGGUGCCUCGGGUGUAGCAGCAGCUGCUGCUGGCGGCAGCGGCGGCUGCGGCUGGGGAGAGGCGAUGCAGCAGGAUGAGGAGGGGCCUGCGGGUCAACUAGACGCCACCACCAUCAUCGACGCCUCCUCCGCCGCCACCGCUGCUGCAUCCGCUGCUCCUGCCACCGACGCCUUCGUCCCAGAGCACUGCGUGCCAUACGUCACCCUAGGACCGCGACCCGGCCUGCCGCCGCCGCUCGUCCAAUUGUACGACAACGUGCUCCAUGCCGUACUGUCGUGCUGUGUCGUCUGGGGCUCAUCAACCACCACCUCCUGCGGUGCUGGUGAUGAUGAUGGCAGUAGUGAUGAAGAUGCAGAGUGUCAUAACGCCGGUUGCAGUGGGGUUGUUGCCGCUGAUGAUCAGGGCUCAGGUACGGGACUGCUGAUGCGGCUGCCCCCCGAGAGCUCGGAGGCGGUUCGGAGCUGCCUGCAGGCGUGUGCGGGGGUGGUGGGACAGGCGCGGCAGCUCGCCACAGCGGCUGCGUUACUGCAGGGCGCGGCGGUAAGCACAUCGCCCCACACACCCUCCGCCAGCAUCUCGAGCCCGGCAGAGGGCCCUCCUCCCUGGUUGCUGCAGGG